AGGCGCGGUGCAUCCAGGUGGCGACGCUGGACACCCGCCAGGCCAUCUACCAGCCAGGGCACCAACCGCCGUCGCAGGACCGGCGCUACGUCGUGCUUCACCGGGUGGCGAGCGACGACCUCGGGGGCACUUCGCUGAUACCCUGCGCGUGGGUGUCCAUCGCCGAUCGCAGGUUCCUCGUACACUACGCGGCGGGGUCCCGCAACGUCGCCCUCACCGUGGUCACCGCCGCUGGCUCGCCGCACAUAGAGACGAUGACCGACGCCCAGGGACAGGUUGUGGCCAGGAGCGAGGCGGGCGAGGGCGAGGACCCCCCAGCGCUGUGGGUGCGCCAGGGCGUGGACAUGGCCCUGGUGGCCUGCAUCGCCGUGGCGGUCCAGAAGCUGAGCUGAGGCCGGCCGCCACGCGGGCGCCUCCGAUUCGGGGCGCGGAGCGGGAGGCAGUGCGCGCGCGGGGCCCUGCCCGCC